GUGCAGAGUCAGUGGCGGGUCCAGAGGCGGCCUUUGGUGCCCUCGACCCGCCUGUCCGUGGGCGACGUGGUGACUGCGCGGAUGACCCUCGAGGCGUCCAGCAAGACCGGCCUCUUCGUGAGCUUCUGCAACGCGUCCCUGUGCAACACGCUGGCGCUGUACGGCUCCAGCCCGGACGGACAUCUCUGGUACCUCCCCGGCCUCGACUGCGGCUCGUGGGGCAGGAACUGCCGAGCGUGGGCACAAGAACCGGUGGUGCCGCCCGGCAGCCUCAACUUCGUCGUCCCUGGUCCGGUGACGCUGGUGUUUGAGAGGCGGCCCUCCUCGCUUCGGGUGUGGCUGCCGGACCACCCCGACAAGGCCGUGUCUGUGGCUGACGGCGGCGGCAGCGACCUGCUCAGGAUCAGGCCGGAUGUGUGGGUCUCCGACAUGCCCGUCGACUUCGACUACGCCCGGUUUGAAGCCGAGGUCACCAAGGGUCUUUGAAGUAAUGAAAUUCGCCUGAAGAAUCUGAACCGUGCAUAUUUCGGCCCCAAAAUUUUGUUGCUCCAAUUAUACGUUUCAGAACUACCUUUUC